AGCUGACAUAUUAAAAAAAGGGUAAAAAAUUCGUAGGUGCAUAGCUUCUGUAGUUUUCUAAUCUGUUUAUAAAUUUGGACUCAGCCAAUCUGUUGACCACAAUUUCAUAUCACACUUUUUUUCCUUCUUAGUGAAUUUUAUGUCUUAUAGCUAUUUCCCCAUCACUUGGCAGAGAAAGAUGGAGUUCAAUACCCAAAACCCUAACAGAUCUGAGAUAAGAUGGAGCUCAGAAGAUCAGGGUGGUCCUGGACAAGUGAGAUCUUAUUCUUGUUCCUUUUGCAGGAGAGGGUUCUCAAAUGCACAAGCACUAGGAGGCCACAUGAAUAUCCACCGAAGAGAUAGGGCAAAGCUCAAGCAAUCUUCUGAAGAAAACUUGCUUUCCUUGGACAACUCAAUCAAGGGCUCAAGUGACCACAAUGACCCUUCUGAUUUGGAAGAGAAGAUUUUGUUUCGCUUGGGCUCUGGCGAAGAUCAGAAGCAUGCUACAAAUCAUAAAAUGCCAUUCAAUUUCACUCACAGAGAUGAUCAUGAUCAUGCACAACAAAGGGCCAUGUUAAUUGGUUCAACAGAAAUUUCCCAUCUUCCUUCAUUUGUUUUGGGGCAAAGGAUUGAGGAGAAGAAAGCUGAAUUGGACCUUGAGCUUAGGUUAGGGCCGUUAGGCCUUCAUCCUCAGGAGUCACCAACAUUGAACACUAGAGCGUUCUUUUGAAAUAGCGUUCCAUUUGGAAGAUCAGCGAAAAGUUGCUUUUAUUUCAUACCUAGCUCUUCUUCCAUCUCUACAAUAUAAAGGUAAAUUAAUUACGUUUAAGAAUUAAUUUUGAUGCAGUACGGAUAUACUUUUCACUUACAGUACUCCAUCAAAAUUAAAUUCUCUAUAUGUGUCAUGUUAGUUCAAUAAUGGGACGCUACCAUGUGAACUUUUAUGUUAAUAUUGCUUGUAUUUUUCUGCUAUUAUAGCAGGCGGGUUUGUGAUUUUGAUUUUGUCUUUCGUUUUUAUUCUUUUGGUGAUUGUUAUUGUUCUAUCUACAGUAUAUAGAGAACAAUUACUGCUUCUGUAAUCCGACAGCUACUAUUUAAAGUUGUUGAUUUGGCUAUUAUAUAUAUAUAAGAAGUUGUAUGUUGGUUUGGAAAUA